GGCUGAACGGACAUUCCAGUAAAAAAGCUAAAACGGGACACAAACAAGAGACCUCACUGUAUCCUGAGUCAUGCACUAACAUAGUUAUUUUAAUGAUUUACAGCGCGACGGUAACCAACACAUACUUUGUUGCAACGUAUCCUUCACUAGGUCAGACAUGACGCUCUGCUCUCCUCUCCUGCUCUGCCUGGCAGCAGCUCUGUCCUCUGCCUACGUGAUCACAGAUCACCACCACCAUCAUGACAACAUGUGGACCAAACUGAUCUUGACCCAUCACUGGCCAAAGACCUUCUGUAGUAUGGAGCACUGUAAUGCAAACAUUAGCUACUGGACACUGCACGGACUCUGGCCAGAUAAAGGGAUUGACUGUAACUCAUCGUGGCAUUUCAACUCCUCUCAAAUACAGGAUCUGAUUCCAGACAUGAAAAAGAGUUGGCCGGACUUGCUUAAACCCACAUCUGAUGAAUUCUGGAAGUACGAGUGGCACAAACAUGGAACAUGUGCAGCCAAAGCCGAUUCUCUGAAUAGUCAACAUAAAUACUUCAACAAGGCACUGGAUCUGUAUCACAAAGUGGAUCUGGACAGAACUCUACAAAAGUUCAACAUCACCCCAUCCGAAGACUACUACAAGUUAUCCCAAAUCGAGGACGCCAUAGAGAAGUUCUACAGCGUCAAACCCAAGAUCCAAUGCGCCCACAAUUCAAGGAGAGAUGAAGUCCAGGUUUUGGGGCAGAUUGAGAUCUGUUUCGACGCCGACUUCAGCCUGAUCGACUGUGAGAGACAUUUUACCAAAGACACAAUGUCUAAGGGGCACGGGGACCGUCUCAUGGAUGUUGACAGGCCGUCUGGGUUCAUGGUGUGUCAGCAUGAUAUGCCAGUUUACUACCCGCCUGUUUCCAAAGAGAUAUUCCGGUAGUUGCACAAAAUAUGAUGCAACACACACUGCACCUCUAUUUUCACACCCUCAAACACAGGUGUCUUCUUUGUGUACUGUACUAGAAUGCACACACACAAAAUCACACACACACUAAUAACAGGCUGAACAAUAAACACCAUAAUUUCAAUGAUAGUGAGGGCCGAAUUGGCCGUAAUCAGUCCGUAAACAUUUUUAACUACAUGUACAUUCUGGCUGUGAGAGACGCUUGAAAAAAAAGCACCUUUUUAAGUGCAAUGGUCCUUUAUAUCCUGCAGCUCCAGAUACCCAAACACUCCACUACCACCUCGUGCUUUAAUGGGAUUACACGCCUUUCUGACCCUUAGUAGUAGAUCAAUCCAAUAGUGCAUGGCGUGUUUUUUUCCACAGCUUAACAGGGGGGCAUCAUGGGAACUUCCGGUCAGACAGUCAGGCAAACAAGCAGAUUACUAUGCCUGUUUGGCAAACGAGGGAAGUCUCUUGCCAUUUUUGGAGGCGGCUCUCUUGCUGAGAUACGGUCAAAAAUAGUGUUGAUUUGAUGACUCUGUUGGCCAUGAGUUAUACCACAGUCACUUAAGUGCCAUUUCUUUUUGUGCAAAGCUGACCUGAGUUUUAGCAAUCAAUAAAAAGUUUAAAGAAUAAUUUGAUAAUUGAGUUGAUCCCAUAAAUCAGAGAGCUACGUUAAUGAUUGUUUAAUCACCACUGCCUCUUUGCACUGAAAUCUGUUUUCCUCCAUAGUCUCACAGGCAUUUUACACUAGAGGAAUUCAUCAUUCUGAGGUUUGCCAAGUACACAAAACAUUAUUCAAUGCUAUGCCAUCAGACUGCUUAGGUCUGUGUCUUUAAUGAAGGAAGAGCUUAAAUCAAACUGACUGUACAUUACAUACGUACAGAUAAAAACGUAAAUACAGUUUAUGAUGUGUGGAGUAAUACUUCAGUUGAUUUUAGACUUUUCUAAGGCUCAUUAUUCUGUACGUUUUGACAGACGCUUUUUAAUCCCAAACUGAUAUUUACAGUGAUUGACAUUUAUUGGUACUGUUUGGCUGGGGCUUUUUAUGGGCAUACUUCAAGAUAGAUAGGUACUUUAUUAAUCCUGAGGGAAAUUCUAGCAUCCAAUCAAUGAGUGUAAAUGAUUAUUGUAAUUUAAGAUGCACUGGAUAUGUGUAUAUUGUGAAAUGACUGCCAUGAACAUUCGUACUGUCAUUUUUUAAAAUGUCAAUAAACAUUCAAUAUAGUCAAUCUG